CCCACAAAAAGUCGGAAUUUUUGUAGUGUAUCGGAUUUUUACAGAAACUUUUGUUAUAAAUAUUUCGGGGUUUAUAAACAUUUUCAAAUGAUUUUUUGAGUGAAACAUAAUAAAUUUUAAUUAAACAUGGUUCAGAUAGUAGAAAAUAGAAUGGCUUACAAAGAUAUACCUCAAGCUUUAGUACUCUUAAACGAAAUGAAUGUUAGUGCCCAACAUGUUGCCACUCUUGUUGAUAACAUGAUUCAAAAGGUUAGAAAAGGAGAAUUAUCAACGGAUCAGGGCCUGAGCUUUCUAGAAAUGAAAUAUAACAUGUUGUUAAGUUACUUGAUUAAUUUAACCUACGUAGUUUUGCGGAAAUGUUCCGGGGAAAAAAUUGAAGGUGAUCCUUGCAUAGAUCGACUAAUAGAAAUUCGAACUGUUUUGGAGAAAAUCAGACCUAUUGAUCAUAAAUUGAAAUAUCAAAUUGAUAAACUAGUGAAAACAGCAGUAAGUGGAACCAAUGAGAAUGAUCCAACGGGUUUUAAAGCUAACCCUGAGAACAUGGGAGAAACUUUAGAAAACUCAGAAAGCGAUAGUGCCAACGAGUCUGAUACGGAGAAGACUCAUAAGUCCAAAUCAGAUAUUUAUGUGCCUCCUAAAUUAUCUGCUGUACAUUAUACAGGAUCUGAAACUGCCCAAGAGAAAGCGAAACGUCUACAAGAGAAAUCUAAAAAGCACGCAUUAUCGGCAUCGAUUCUACAAGAUCUUCGUGAAGAAUAUCUAGAUACUCCUGUGGAAAUAACGCAAGGUAACAGAGCACAGCAAAAGCUUUCAAAAGAACAAAAGGAAAGACAAGACUACGAAGAGGAAUACUUAACCAGGUUGCCAGUAGUUAAAUCAGAAAAACAUAGGAAACGCCAGUUAACUACUUUAGGCACGCUUGGCGAUGAACUAACCGACUUCCGUUCUCUACAGUCCGGCAGUAGAAAAAGAAAAGGGAAAGUAUUUAAAACAAAAGGGAAAGGUAUGAAAAGAAAGAGAUUUCACUGAUAUUUGUUACUACAAAAUAUUGUAGAAAAUGUACCGAAUUUUACAGGGUGUUAUUCUAGAGACAGAAUAAGUAACAUAUUUAUAAUAAUUUCUUAUGUCUAAUGAUUUCACAGUUUCACAAUUGUCAGUAAUUUAUCGUUAAAAUGUUUAAGAGAUAAUACAAAGUGUUCUAUAUAGAUGCUUUCUUGAAACAAGUUUUUUACUUAAGCUGUAAAGUGAGAUAUUUCAGUAAAUGCGUACUUCUAUAUGCACUGAUUAUAUGUUUUAUAUCUCAUACCUCUAUUGACAGAUAUAGCCUAUCCAGUAACAUAACAACUGACAAAUGGUUGCUGGACAGACUGUACUUUCAUUAGACAUAAGAUUUAUUUUAAGUUUUUCAUUGGUAGAGUAAAAAGUAAUACAGUGAUAUUUACAUAAUAUAUUAAAACAGAGUUUACAGCAAUAUAGAGAAGCUCAAAGAUGGCUUUUAGCCAGAUUUUUCUUUUAUUGUUUAAUGAUGGGUUAAGUACAACCAAAAGAUAAUUCACAAUGUUUUAGAUUUGUUACUAUGAUACACUACAACUUGUUCAAGUUCAUUUUUUUUUCUUGCUUUAAUUAAUUAUUUAUUUGAAGAAUAAUUUAAUUAAAUAUGUUUAAUUAAUAAUCUAAGAUAUUAGUUAUUGAGAAGUAAGGAAAGAUUUUUACUGAUUUAUAAUGCUUCUCAUCAAGAGAUAAUUAUGAUUUUGUUUUGCAACAUGAAUGUUAAUAAUGUAGCAAAACGAAGUAACUUUAUGAUAUUUAACAUGCCUAAAUCAUAGACAAUAUAGUUAUAUAAUAGAAGUACUAUUUAUUUUGAUGGUCGAGUAUCUUAAAUUUAGUGGGGUUAUUAGUAUUUAUCUAAAAAUUCUGCGUUUUAUUAGCAGAAAUUUAUUGUGAAUAUUUGUAUUCACUAAAACAUAUGUAGAAGUUACAAAUUUUUGAAAAGCAAAGAAUUUGCUUCACACUAGAAAGGAAUUAGGACUCAAUGGUAUUAAGUCUAAAUAUUUUUUUACAAUGAAAAUGAUAAACUCAUUCCAAAUUAUGGAAAUAUCUUUGAGAAAUCGUAAAUUUUAUUUUUAAUAUAAUUAUAAUAAUUAUGUCUAUUAUCUAGGCAUGUUUCGAUUUGUAUUGCUUUUAUUUUUACAUACUGAGCAUAUCUCACACAUGGAGGAAUCAAGAGAAUAAUUUAACAUUUACUUGGUUAAAAAAAAGCUCACAGACCAGCUUAUAUGGAACAGACUCAUUCAAGAACGUAUAACCCACAAAAUUCUAAAAGUUAGUGGUUAUUUUAGUUUGCAAACUAAAAUAAAAAAAGAAUUUGCAAACUAAAAUAACCUCUAACUAACUUUUAGAAUGUUGUGGUUAGGUUAAGAACUAGUUAACUUUUGAGGGUUAUAAAUUAGGCUGUACUUAAACUGCCGUUAAACGGUAGCUUACUAAAAUCCCGUUAAUAGGUAUGACGUCGUUGAUGUGACGCACUUGACGGCUUUAUGAAAUAUAGGAAUUUUAUAAGGACUAAC